GUCUGUCUCGCUUCUCUCCCUCCACUCCUCCAUCCAUGCCUCUCUCAUCCUGACCCUGCUUUCUCUCUCCUCUCUGUCUCUUUCGUUUCCAGCCCGGAUAACGGAGGUGGGUGGACGAGCUUGGAGUUGCUAUUGUUGUUAUUUUUUUUUUAUUAUUCAUAUUAUUUAUUCCUCGUUUUUCGGGAGACCCGCCACCGGGCAUGGAGGAUGUAAAAGACCCGCCGACCGUGCACCGGUCCUCCUCUUUCAGUAUCAAGAGCCUCCUGCUGCCCUCAAAGUGCGACAGACCGGACCCCGUAGCCGCUGCAGUGGUGGGAAUCCCCGCGACCUUCUCUCCCUCUCCGGGCUCCGAAUCAGACAAGUCCCUGGAGGAGGUGGACUCUAAGUCUCUGGAUCCCUUGGAGGUAGCUUUGGACACCGAGAAGCCGGACAAGCAGGAGGACCAGGAAGAGGAGGAAGGUGGAGGAGGCGCCAAGACCACACCGAACACUAACGGUAAUAGUAGCGCGAAAAACGGGAAAUAUGACAAGCCUCCGUUCAGCUACAACGCCCUGAUCAUGAUGGCCAUCCGGCAAAGCCCCGAGAAGCGGCUCACGCUGAACGGCAUCUACGAGUUCAUCAUGAAGAACUUCCCGUACUACCGGGAGCACAAGCAGGGCUGGCAGAACUCUAUCCGGCACAACCUGAGUCUCAAUAAGUGCUUCGUGAAGGUGCCCAGGCACUACGACGACCCGGGGAAGGGGAACUACUGGAUGCUGGACCCGAGCAGCGAUGACGUAUUCAUCGGAGGGACAACCGGGAAGCUCCGCCGGCGCUCCGCCACCUCCCGGGGCAAACUGGCGAUGAAACGCGGGCUGCGCUUCGCUCCUCUCAGCUUGGGAAUUAACGAGCGGGCGAACAACCCGCUGUACUGGCAGAUCUCUCCGUUUCUCUCCCUGCACCAUCACCACCACCACCACCCGCACUACAACGGAUCCUCACCCGGGUUUUUGAACCAGGCGGCCGGAUACGGGUCGCUGCUGCCCGCCGUGGAGCAGCUGGGUAACGGGGACCUGGGGCGCUCCAUCCUGGGGAACAGUUACGGGAUGAGCACAUCGCCGGUCGGGCUGCUCUCCGGACAGACAGCCGGGUACUUUGUCUCAGGGACCGGACACUCAGGGCAGCCCGGAGGAGGACCGCCGCCCCCGCCGCACCUCCAGCAGGGGUACGGCGGCCUGACGAGCAGCAGCUCCCCGCAGAACCUGCUCUCGGACUCCCUGAGAAACAGCUCAUUCUCCCCGGGCGUGUCCGCGGGGUUCCCCGGGGUGCUGUCCCAUCAAAAGAGGGUGACCCCUAACGCUUUCCUAAACUGACCCCCCCCCCCCCCCCCCUCACCCUGGGACGAGGACGCACAGAAAUAUGUUAAGGGCAAAUAAUAAGUGGUAAAUAUCAAACAAUGAUCGCAAAAAUAUAUAUAUGAAGUGUUUCUUUGGCCAUUUUCUGCCCCGAAGAGCAUCGGGUUUAUUUUGAUGAUUUUAUUUUCUUGAAAGGGACAAACAAAAAGGGACAAACUUUUGUUACCCGCGGGUUGUACAACUGUAAACUAGACUUGCCAAAGGUAACGCUUUAAGAAUAAUUCAAGCUAUUUAUAUCUUGUACAAAGAUUUUCAUUGCUUUCUUUGAGUCUUUUAUUUAUGUUUUGUAUUUAUUGUACAAUGUAUUUAAAUUCUAUUCGUCAGUGUAUACUUAUCAGUAUUAAGGAAUAUGGGAUGGGGAUGGGGGGGGGGGGGGGGUUAAAUGAUACGUACAGGGUUAAUAAUUAUUAUUAUUUAUGAAUUUUGAGACAAUCAAGGAGAAAAACAGACAAUCAAAACUUUUUCUCUCCCCUUUUCGAGAGGAAAACGUUUGAAUAGGUAAAUAAUGAGUAAAUAAAGCCUUAAAUCAGCAGAAACAAUCAGGGGUUUCGAGAGGAAAAAAUAAGCCUACAAUCAUAUCUCUACUCAGGUUGAUCCCGGACAGGCCUAACAACAACAACAAUAAUAAUAAUAAUAACAAUCACAAUAAACAACAAUAACACCGCUCUCUGUGAAGAGUUUCCUUCCAAAAUAAAAUAUCCAGAAAUAAUAUUCCCAACUUGGCAGAGCCGUAGUGAAGCUAUAAAUAUCCUGACUGCUGCCUUCAGUGCUAAAAAUGGCAUUUUGACUUCCCCUUUAAAUACAUGGAUAUAAAGGUUUUUGGAAUAGAACUCUUCAUGUACAAUAUUAUGCAAAACAAUGCAGCUGUAACACACGUUUAUGUAUGUUGUAUGUUAUUAUAAAAGCCCAGAUUGUCCUAAUAACUUCAGUUGGUUAUGGGUUAUGUGUGUGCGUGUGUUAAUGUGUGUGUGCAGGCCUGAAUGAGCGUAAAAGCUCCUGCGCAUGUGCGCCAAGGGCCGCCGCACAAACGAUUUUUUUUCUUCGUAAAACCAUAAACUUUAGCAGCUUCUGUGCCGUUUUAACGCCUCGCUGACUUGCAACUGUUUCCGGGUAAACUUUGUCAACGUGACCGGUGGAGGAUGGAGGCCUCUACAUGAUGGAACUGUUUGUAUUCCGCAGUUUUCUUUGGGAAGCACACCGAGCGGCUGCAAAAAACACACAGGCCCUGCACCACACACACGCAUUCAUAUAGCUCGUGUCCGGCGAAAAACCUGUAUCUCCAAAAGUUUUAUUCUUUGCUUUAAAUUAAUAAAAAUAAUAACAAAACCUUAAUUUUAUCAAACAUUCUUGGCCUUAAAAUGGACAAAAUAAUGUUAACUUAAUUGAUGUAUUUCUAUUUACUCUAACACAUUUCUUAGCAAUUAUCUUGGUUGUUUGUUUUAACCUAGGAGCUGAAAAAUGAGUCCCUAAAAAUGCAAAAAACACAACAAUAACCACCAUGGAGAUACGAGGUUUUUUAACUGCAGUGAUAAAUAUGCAACUUUUAUUUUCUUAAUUAUUUUGGGAGUACAAUCUGCACAGUAAACUUCAAUGCCAUUUACCGGUAUUACUGCUUCAUGUGACGCAUUAACAAUACCGAGGUUUCAGAGGACUAGGUGUUGUAAAUCAAAACGGGACAAUUGGUUUAAUAUUUGUCACUGUUUAUUUACAACAUUGCAUUAUUCUGACCGAAUUUCUGUUUGCAGCUUUCACAAGUAAUCUGCUUUUAAACCCAGAAAGUCGGAAGUUUUACUACAAAUGUUUAUUUUUAUUAAAGAGGACCUAUAGAUGUUUUUCCACCACAGCCAUGUUUGUUUGGAAGUUCUGGUUUUAUGGAUCUGAUUCUUUUUGCUCAAACUGAAAACAAUUGUUGUCCUUAAUAAAUAAUCCCCUCUAAAGGUUA